AUGGGUCUUACCGGAAAGUCCCUCCAGAUGAGCCAGCUUUUGCUGAUCGUCUUACCCGCCUUUGUCCUCUUUGGAUACAACCAGUCUGGUGUCGGCGGUCUUUUAUCCCUCAGCGACUGGAACAAGCAUUUCCCUGAGAUCGACACUGUCCACACCAAGGGCGCCUUGAAGAGCGAGCACUCGACUAAGCAAGGUGCUGUCGUCGCUUCCUUCACCAUUGGUGCCCUCUUUGGUGCUCUUACCUGUACUUGGAUCGGGGAUUGGCUCGGUCGCCGCAAGGUCAUUUUCAUUGGCGCUGUCUGCACUCUUGUCGGCGAGAUCCUUCAGUGCACCUCCUUCCAGCUUGUGCAGUUCGUUAUUGGUCGAUUCAUCCUCGGUUGGGGUGUCGGUCAGCUCAGUGCUACUGUCCCUGUUUGGCAAUCUGAAUGCUCGUCUUCCGCCAACCGAGGUAAGCACGUCGUGCUUGACGGUUGCUUUAUCUCUGUUGGUUACCUCCUCGAAGCCUGGAUCAACCUUGGUUUCUUUGAGCAGGACAACCUUCCUCUUCAAUGGCGUAUUCCCCUUGCGAUCCCCACGGUCAUCUCGCUCGUCCCCAUGGCCGCUGUUUUCACCAUCCCAGAGUCGCCUCGUUGGUUGGUGAACAAGGGCCGUGUUGAAGAGGCCCGCAAGAGCUUAUCUGAGUUCAGGGGUCUCGACCUCCACGACCCUGAGAUUUCGUCCGAGAUCAGCGGCAUUGAACUCGCUCUCGAGGAAACCAAGGGCAGCGCUGUCAAGGUCAGCGACAUCUUCACCAACGGCAAGGACAAGCUGUUCUACCGCUUCUCUCUCUGCAUCUUCCUGCAGUUCCUCCAGCAGAUGUGCGGUUCCAACCUGAUCUCUACCUACUCGACCAUUAUCUUCCAGCAGGGUCUUGGCCUCGACUCCGAGACUUCCCGCAUCCUGUCCGGUGGUGCACUUACCUGGAAGUUCCUUUCCUGCUUCGUCGCCUUCUUCACCAUCGACCGCUUCGGUCGCCGCAAGCUCUUCAUGUUCUCUGGUGCCGGUAUGGCUUCCUGCAUGUUGGCCCUCGCUGUCGCCUCCUCGUUCCCCAAGUCCGACAAGGCCGCGCAGAUUGUUUCCGCGCUGUUCGUCUUCCUCUUCAAUUUCUUCAUCCCCAUUGGUUUCCUCGGCGCCAACUUUCUGUACUGCACUGAAGUCGCGCCUACCCGUCUCCGUGUCCCCAUGGCCGGUAUCUCGACUGCGAACCACUGGCUGUGGAACUUCGUCGUCAACAUGGCCACCCCUGUUGCCAUUGAGACCAUCGGCUGGAAGUACUACCUCGUUUUCCUCAUUAUCUCUGCCGUCAUUGUGCCGAUUGUGUUCCUCUUCUACCCCGAGACAAUGGGUCGCUCGCUCGAGGAGCUCGAGAUGAUGUUCAGCAGCGGAAAGAGCAUCACUGGUAUCGUGCGCGAGUCGAGGAGGCCUUUGACCGGCGGAUUCAUGAGCGAUGUGAACUCGAUCGAGAAAGGCCACCAGAAGAACGUCAAUGAGGUUGAGUCGAUCCGCGAGUGAAUCUGAGUGGAAUAGUAGACGAGGU